AUGGCGCAACCGAGUAUGUCUUCUGCGAAACCACCGCCUUCAUCGGGCCAUCAGUCCACCAGCUUUCUUCGUAAACUCUUCGGACGAAACAAUGCGGCCCCGGCAUCCGUCGGCCCGCUCCAGACCAAGGAGCCCGAACCCGAACCCGAGCUUGACCCCGACUCCGACGACCAGCAAAGUACUGGCCUGGGGCGUCGAGUCUCAAGAAAAGUCGUGCCCGGACUCCCUCGCGUGCAGACCUUCAAACGUCAACAGUCGGAACGCAGGAACAAUCUCGCACCAGUUGAGCCGUCACCAGCAGAGAGGCGUGCUCUAUCGGUGGACAGACGCGUGCAGCCGUCACGUACGGCGUCACAGACUCAGUCGUUUCCCCGAGCUAGCGCCCCGGACUUUCUCGAAAAUGCGAACGAGGCCCAGUCUGCCCCAUCUGCCCCCAGCAGCCCUGCAGAGGAAAAGGCCGAAGUCAGUCUGGGUCAGAUGGUAUCCCAAGUUGCAGCAGAUCCCACGACAGAUGAAUUCCAUGCGCACGAGGUGCAAUCGAACUCGGACGCCCAUUCAGUAACGACAUCUCAAUCUCACUACGAGGCUAUGAUUCACGAUGAGCUUGAAAAUGUUUGGAUUCUCAACCUCAGCAUGCACUUCCGGGACAAGUCCAAGAGGGAGAAGUUUUUUGUCACGUACCGAGAAACUCCGACCCAUUGGCGUAGAGUAACCAUAUCUCUCGACUAUCGCAAUGCCCCAGAUAAUUCUCUUGAGAUGGACCUACUCCACACCAAGUCUCAACGUGACAAAAGUUCCAAGAUCUACGAAGCUAUUAGAGAUAGUCUGCAGGACAUCCAAUUUUACCCAUCCGUCACCAAUUUAAAACUCCAAACCACGGAAGGUCGUCUUCAUGUUCAUGUGGUUGAAGAUGUCAAUGAAAUCAUUCAGUACCCUACCUUCCGCCAAGUGCAGCACCUGGGAUGUCGCAGGAUAAGAGAAAGGGACAUUGUCUUCGAUUCUCACAUGUCCGGCUUUGUCUACAAGGUGUCCGUUGGGGGAGAGGUACUCAUCAAAAAGGAAAUCCCAGGCCCCGACACUAUUGACGAGUUCCUCUACGAGAUCAACGCUUUGAACCGGCUCCGGUAUUCAAGGAACAUUAUCCGAUUUUAUGGUGUCGUGGUUGAUGAUGACGACGAGCAUGUCAAGGGACUGCUCAUUAGCUACGCCGUCCAUGGCGCGCUCAUUGAUGUCAUUUACGACAACAAGCAGGAGUCAGAGUUGGGUCUGCCCUGGCCGAUCCGUGAGAAGUGGGCACGCCAAGUCGUGCAGGGCUUGGCGGAUAUUCAUGAAUCUGGCUUUGUGCAGGGCGAUUUCACUCUCUCAAACAUUGUCAUUGACGAUGAUGAUGAUGCCAAAAUCAUUGACAUCAACAGAAGGGGCUGCCCGGUAGGCUGGGAGCCUCCUGAAGCAACGCCACUUAUUGAAAGUAAUCAGCGCAUUUCCAUGUACAUCGGCGUCAAAUCCGACCUUUAUCAACUCGGCAUGGUCUUGUGGGCAUUGGCGGCACAGGAUGAUGAGCCUGAGGCCCAAGGACGGCCGCUACUACUCGGAGACGAAUAUAUCGUUCCAGCUUGGUACCGGCAAAUCGUAGACAUUUGCCUGAGCGAAGAUCCGCGCCUUCGAUUGCAAGCCUCGUCUCUCAUGUCUCUAUUUCCGGAAACUGCGGACGGAGACGACAUGGCACCCCAGUCAAUCUCGGUAGACGAUGGCUACACCAUGCAGGAAUACUUCGUGGACGGUUACCACGGCCACGCUAGGGUCAAGACCGUUCAGCCAGCUCACGACUGGUCGUGCGUAAAUCUGGGCCAACCGUAUGUCGAUGAACCGGCAAGGGGCUUCUCACAGGACCCGUAUUACUACACUAGAGGUCGCUCUCCCCCCAGUCCGCUGCCAAGUCAUUAUGGGCGUUGCGACUCACCUCACAUGGGACGCAACGUCUCCAGCUGGGCUGAAGCUAGGAACAUUGCACCAUCAUACAGCGAUAUUGGAGCAGACGAGGUCGAUGAUCAAAAGAGCGCAACACCGACAACAAGCAAGGAUUCCAUUGUUACACCUGAGCCAUUGGAAGAGACAAGCAAGUCAGUCCAACAAAAGCUGGAAGCACUACAGUGGACGCCCCUGUCUAGUGACCUAGCCGCCCUGGAUCGGGCUGAAUUCGACCAGACGCCAGGACACGAUGGCAAGAGACUCAUUGGCGGAGAGUUAGCCGACACGCUCCGGAGUGAUAAGUUGGAAUCAUCAUAUGCCACCGUCGAUCCCGCUGAGACACGAACUAUGAUGGCCAGCCCUAUGACGAUCAAAAAUACCGAAACAGAUGAGAGAGACGAAGAGGAAGAGGAGGUGGGCAUAAGAGAACUCGAAGGCAUACAAGAGAGUUCUUCGAACGGAAAAGGGACAGCAGGGCAAUCAGCGCCCAGAAAGACGGGGGAAACAGAACCCGAAGAAGAACUAAACAGAAAAGACCACAUUUCAACCGAGCAAAGUAACAUCACGACAGCGGACUCGACGGAAAAAGGCCGGGCUGUGGACGACCCGAAAGUCGACGAGACUGAGAUUGAGACUGAUGUCACCUCUCCGGCUGAACCAGGGCUCAAACCGACAACGCAAGAGGCGGCGGCGGCGGCGGCGGCGGAACCACCUACUGCUGCUCAGGCCCCCGCGGCAGACGAUACCAUGAAUAUUCAAAGGUUGGAUACACCAGAACUCAAGGGGGUUGGAGCGGCAUAUAUCAACACCAAUGAGCAAACGAUGCGAGAAAAGACGUCCCUUGAUGAUGACUUCGCAACGACGACAGAUGCCCAGAAAUGA